UAUAUAUUCAUAAACUCCAUUUAAAAAAACUGAUAUAAAACAGCUUGAUUGAAAUUGGAGCUCUGAGACCUCUGGUCCAGUUAUUUGCUUUUAGUCUUAGUUCAUGUGCUGUUAUCUGCAUUGAUUUGGCUUUGUGAUUCUCUUGAAUGUGCAUCUUCCCAUUUCUGCCCUGUUGACAUCCAUCCAUUCAGAUUGUGCUUGUAAAUGACGGGGGUGCAAAAAGAAACUGCCAGUUUCUCUUGAGUAAUUCUGCCCAAUGAUGGAAGAUUUCACUCAUUAAACAUGCAUCAAAUUUCCCUGUUGAGGCUGAAUGAGGAAUGCAGCAGAACUUCAGCAAAAUUUUGACGAAUCGCAGCCUGCCAAUAGGAUUCAGUUUGAGUUGUCUCAGGGGACUGGAAGCUAGAGUUGAUCAACAGCUCGGAGCGUGUUCAGGCAAGACGCACUGCCACAUUCUGCCUUUUCUUUAUCCUUGUACUGCAAGGAAACCUCAGAGCAUGUCGGAUUGCAACAAGCUCCUGGCAUUUUGAACCGUCCUGCCGUCAUAUCUCCACAAUGGAUCAUAAGUAGAUGUGUGUGACAAGCAUCGUUGAAUGAGAAUGCAGGACAAGGCCAACAGGGAUUCACAAAAGAAGUCAUCGGGAGAGAUCAGUGAUCAACGUGUGCAACAGCUUCAAGAUGAGAGGAUAGCAGUGCAGAGGAGAACCUUCACCAGGUGGAUGAAUGUGUUUCUGCAGAGGCGUGAUCCUCCGAUUGAAGUGCACGACCUGUUCACAGACAUCCAGGAUGGCAGGAUACUGAUGGCUCUGCUGGAGGAGCUGUCUGGGUGCAAGCUACUUCAUCGGUUUAGGUCGUCGCCUCACCGCAUUUUCAGACUGAACAACAUUUCCAAAGCCCUGGCGUUCCUGGAUGACAGACAUGUGAAGCUGCUUGGCAUCGAUGCCUCUGCUAUUGCUGAUGGGAUCCCCUGUGUUGUUCUUAACCUUGUCUGGAACAUGAUCUUGCAUUUUCAGGUAAAGGAGGUGACAGGAAGUCUCCAGAAACGUUUGUCUUCUAGCCUCUCUUCCUUAUCAAUGAGCAGUUAUCCCUCCUCCAGCAACCUCUCGCCCCAGCCAAAUGACAUUGGCAGCUACUCCUGCAGCACUAUGCCAAGCAAAGGCAGGAAGGCUGCCAGAGAGCCAAAGUACCAUGGGAAAGCAAUCAAGACUCUACUGCAGUGGGUCCAAAGAUGCACAUCAAAGUUUGGUGUGGAGACGCAUGACUUUGGGAAGAGCUGGAGGAGCGGGUUGGCAUUCCUAGCCUUGAUUAAGUCCAUAAACCCAGCCUUGGUCGAUCUGAAGGAGAGUCUGCCCAGAGAGCCACGAGAAAAAAUUCAACUGGCCUUCAUGAUAGCUCAUCACAAUUUGGAUAUACCACCUCUGCUGGAGCCUGAAGAUGUGUUGUGCACUUCACCAGAUGAGCAGUCCAUCAUCACCUAUGUGUCUAUGUUCCUGCGGCAUUGUUCAGGCACAGAUGAGGAUCACGCAACAAAUAGUGACGAUGCUGAGAUCCCAAACUUUGGAUCACUUGAGUCAGUCAGCUUUGAAGAGACCCUCGCUGAAGACCCAGAAGCCCAAGCUUUGCUCCAAGGGUUGCAGAAGAGCAGCGAGCAGCUAAUGUGGACAAGCUGGGCUAGAAGAUCCUCAGGGAGCCCCUGUGCCACCUCGCUUGACACAAGUGAAGCUACUGCACCAUGCGUCAAAGAGCAAAGCCGGUGUGGAAGCAUGUUACAACACCCUAGUCCAAUGGACGCAGGCAUAGUCGGUCAGGAGAUCCAAUCGUGGAUGGAGAAAGCGUCUGGGGACCAGGGCUACAGCAAGCGAAGCACGGAUGAAAGUUUUUCUUCGAGCUCUGAGGAAGGAAUCCACAGCUUGUUGGCACUGGACUCAGAUGAGGAGGAUGCCUACAGCUACAUCCUGAAUCUUAAUAAAGAGGCUUUUCAACCAUAUAAUCAGAUGCUAAGACAAGUACCAAUGGUUGAAGAGGAAACAGAGGAAGUAAUGUUCCUGAAUGGACAAAAGAUGGAAUAUUCAAAACAUCUGGAAGUAUAUGAGAUGUUAAACGGCACUGGAUGUAAACAUCAAGGAGGCUUACUUGCACAAAAUGUUGAAUCGGAAAUCAGGGCUCAGUCAGCAAUUUACAGCAUGUUCGAUUGGGACAAAAAUGAAAGUAGUUCCAAAGACAUGGCAAACAGUAUGGCUGUGGUUAGCAUGAAGCCAGGGAAAGACUGCAGCGACAACGGUGAGGAAAGUGAAGAUGAGAGAGUUGUUAUAGGACAGAGUAAUGAUGAUAGUGAUUGUUACGAAGAAGAAGAGAGGAAGGAGAAGACAGAAAAUGCUCGAUUAGUAAAGCAUGGAUGUAAUAAAAGAGCGGUCCUGGUAGAUGAAACCUUGGUUUUUGAAGUGGCUAGUUGGAAGGAAGAGUCUGUAGAAGAGAGGAGAGGGCUUUUUGAAAAAGGUGGACAAGUGAGUGAAAAGAGAGUAGUAGACCAUGAAGAAGCUGAAGUAAAUGAAAAAGUAUCAACUGAUGAGGCUGUACAUAGGGUCAGAGACGCCGGUGCGUGUAGCAUUAACACAAAGGAAGAAAAUGACGGGAAAGCCCCCAAAAUGGAAAACAAAGACAAGGUAGACUACAACGACACAGUCACAAAUUCAGUGGAUUUUGAGGAAGUAAGAACAGUAGAGGAGAAAGACAAUAUUAAGAAACAUAAACUCACUGACAGGGUGGCAACAAGGAUAGAUCAUCCUGGUAAAACUGCCUCAAAAAAUGACACUAAUGGAGCUGUUAACGUCCGUGGUGGUGAGAGCUGGACUCCUGCAUGUAGUGAACGUUCUCAGUCAUUCAGAGAGGGAGGAUUUAUCCUUCAGUCAUCAGCAGCCUCUUGUGACAUUACCCCAUUAGAGCUGGAAAUGCUCUUGGUCCUGUGGAUCCUUCUCUACAGCUGCUUCAUCCUAGCUUAAAUGAACUUAAGAGUCCCCCUGCAGUGCACUCCUCUUAUCAAGAUGUGCACAUUAGCCCAGUUUCCAGUAACGAGCCAAACAAGGACACUUAAGGCUUUUUUUAAAGCUCUUUAUCUGUGUCACAAAAUCUACCGCGAAGGCAACAUUUAAUUCUUGUGUUUGCUUUUUGCUGCCAGCUGAAAUAAAUUGUCAUUUGGGCAAUAGAUAAAACACAUAAUAAUGUUAUCCACAUGAUUACAUAUUUUGCUACUUGGUCUUACACUACACAAACCAUUUGACAUGGUUUGUAAGGUGUUUCUGCGAGAUUAAAAUGCUCUGUUAAUUUGAUUUACUUUUCGGCUAGAACUAUACUUUGAAUUUCAGUUGACUUUAUCGACCACAUGGUGGCAUCGCAGCAUCACCGCAGCAACAACCCCACGUUACGUGCUGUCUUUAUAUCUGCCAACUGCUGAGAAUCCCGUGUGACCUGCUGUUUAAAUAGAAGCUGUAUUGACACGGUGAGAUUUGGCUGAUAAUAUUUUAAUGAGCACUUUGGCAUUUCGCAGACUCUUUAUCACUGUAUGAUAGUAAAAGCUAAUC